AUGAGCGGUCUCGUCGCUUAUGACAGUAGUGACGAAGAGGUGGAGCAAGCAUCUGCCCCUUCUGUGCCUGUUCCUACUCUUGCUUCUGCUCCGAGAGAGACAGCGUCCGCCCCGAAUGGAGCAACUAACUUCACAACGAGUGCAAAUGCAAUACCAUCACUCGUAGGUCCGGUAAUGCCUACGGAAGAGUAUCCUGAGAUCGAAGACCUGAACGACCUGCCAGAGUCUAUGUCUGAGCAAGAUCUUGUGAGACACCUGACCCAAGCUUCACAUCCCAUGACAGCCAUCCCGCUGUCACCACCAGGUUCUCCGAAUGCUGCCGUUGAAGCAAAAUUCAAGCGUUUCCUUGAGCUCAAAUCGAAAGGGCUGCAUUUCAAUGAAGACUUGGCAAACAAGAGCAGCUUCAGGAACCCGGCCCUGUUCUCAACAUUGAUGGAGCGAACGGGACUGGACGGCAGCUCGCAGUAUACAACUUCGCUUCCAAAAUCAGUAUAUGAGCCCCAGUCAUUCCCAUCAUAUGCAUACAAAGAGGAGCUAGCACGCAGUCAGCAGAGCAUCCGCGAUCAGCAAGCCGCCAGAAAAAAGCAAGCCUCUGCGGCAGGCAAGCGAACUAUUGAAUUCAUUCAAGCCGGAGGCUCGGGUACAUCAAGUCAAAAGUCGACGCCAGGCUCGCAACGGCGAGGUCUCGGGAGCUGA